AUGCCAGGCAUCCCUGAAAACAUUCCAACACGCUCUCUGCUAGUCGUUGACUAUGAGCUCUUGGCAUGCGACUCUGCUGAGAUAGAGAAGCUCUGGAAAGCCGCUACAGAACUGGGAUUUUGGUAUCUGAAGAACCAUGGCACAGACGAAGAGGCUGAAGGCAUGUUUGAAAUGGGCCGCGAGACAUUUGAUCUUCAGACAAAGGAAAAUGAGGAUCGGUAUAAAGCAAUAGGUUCCUUAGCGACGAACGAAUUUGGUGAUCCAGACAAUGCUGAGUUUAUCUGCAUCUCAAAGGAAGAUGCCUUGGCAUACCCCGAAGUCGUUCGGCGUACUUACCCCUCGACCGUCUAUAAACACAUGGAAUCCGCAAUAACUCCAUUCACCCGAAAAUCUCUCGGAGUUAUCGACACGAUCUACUCCGUCUUCGAGAAGAAACUUGGCCUGCCCGAGGGUGUCAUCCGAGCAGCCCAUCCACUCAUGGGGAAGAGCAACUCUGAAUGCCGAAUGAUCAAGUAUCCAGCCAAAUAUGCUUAUUCGGAAGGCCCGAUUGAGAAGGACAAGGUCUCCCUCGGCUCUCAUACCGACGUAGGAUCACUCUCUCUCGACUGGCACUACAUCCUCCCUAUUCCCGGACACCUAAUUUGCAACAUCGGUGACGCACUCGCUCUCUCAUCUGGCGGCGUGCUACGUUCAAUUAUGCAUCGUGUCGUCUCUCCGCCUGGUGCGCAGAGUACCUAUACUCGCUGGUCAGCCGUGUUCUUCUCUCGGCCUGCCAGUAAUUAUCCCCUUCGUACAUUGGAAGAGGGUACCGUGAUUAAAGAAGCGCUCGCUCGUAUGAGUCCUGAAGAGAAGGCGAAGUUCAAUCCAGGCGUGACCCAGGGCGAGUGGUUCGUAAGGAGAGUUGAUAAUCAGAGGGUCAAGAACAGGAAGGGUCCUGAAACUUGGUAUGCAAGUAGGGGAAUGGAACACAAGCCAGAAGUCAUUUGA